AGGCCUAAGACCCAGCCAAAGAAUGAGGGAAGCCUGGAUGAAAGGAAUGAAGUAACAUCCUACAUCUUUUUUUAUGGACAAUAUCAUUGACAAUGAUGGAGCUAUUGCGCUGCUGCAUUCCAAAGGAAUCAUCCAGAGCACCAUGUGAAGCGAGAAAGCAGUAACCAAACUGUUUCAACUUGCACUCGAAGGAAGUCAAUAGGUACUUUAAGUGAUGGGUGAGUUGGGGUGAAUUUUUUUAUAACAAUUAAACUUAAGAGAUCAAAUAGAAAAUACCUUUAGUGGAGCGAAUAAAAAAAGGCUCUAUACAUGCAAAAAGUUUAAGGUAAGGGACAGAAUCAAACUUGAAGAAAUUUGAGAGAGAGCCAGGGAAUGGUUGGAUUUGAGAAAAGAAAGGAGGAUUUCGCAGAGGGUCUUGAAUUGGAGAAGAAACCGGAUGAGGUGGAAUUUAUCUUUAUGUGGAGGCCAUUACGAUAAUAAAAUUGAAGAGUUGAAGAAUGAAAAGAAAAGAGAGAAGAAAGAAACGAAAAAAGAAACGAAGAAAGAAAAAAUGGAAAAGGGGAAAUUAGGGCAAAACAAAUUAAUAAGGAGUCGAACUUAUAUGGUUUUACUAUACAAGGAGUCUAAUUUUUAAUUUUCCUAAUCAAGUAGUUGAAUUUUGCAUUUCUACAUCCUCGGAGUAUUUGGAUGGUAAAUGGUGAUGUGGCUAAUGGAGAUAGUUAUCCAGUCUGUAGAUUGGAAUUUUGUUCUAAGAUGGUGUUUGGUUAGUCUUCAUGAGCUUUAGUACUAUUGAAGCCUUGUAUUGUUUUGGUACUUGAAAAUCAUGAGAAAGUGUCUUUGGGGAAAACACUUGGAUGAUCUAGUAAUAAUCAAUUGCUCUUGAGAGAGAAGCUCUCAAGAACUAAAUAUUACAAAUAGAGAAGUAUAGUUUUGUUAUUACCUUUGGUAAUGGUUUUCCAUUACGUACAUUGAGCUCCCUAUUGGCUGUUUCUCUAUUUACCAUAAUGUUCCCAUGUGACUCUCAGUGGCAUCAGCUUAUCUUUUUCAAUUCAAUUGUUCUGCCAUUCAAGCUUGCUCCAACAAACUUUAGCUCUUGGAAAACAACAAACGCUGGCUAUUAUGCUAGGUUAUAGAUUGAUGGGGUUUCCUGAUGGAACAGUUUAAGCUUCUCAUGCCUUUCUUGUUGAACGCAUUGACCUUAAUUCUCUCUAUAUACUUUGGGUAUGGCAAGACCAAUUAAUUAAGCAUGUCAUCAUAA